AUGAGCGCCAUUAACAAGAUCGCCGCCAACAGCCCCUCGAGGCAAAACCCCUCCGAGCUUGAGCAGAACAUUGCUCAGGCUCUCUUCGAUCUCGAGACCAACACUGCCGACCUCAAGGUUGCCCUGCGACCUCUGCAGAUCGUCUCUGCCCGUGAGAUCGAAGUUGGCCACGGCAAGAAGGCUAUUGUCAUCUUUGUCCCCGUCCCUUCCCUGCAGGGCUUCCACCGUGUUCAGCAGCGCCCGCUAAUUCAUCUCCCCCCCAACAGCCUGACCCGUGAGCUGGAGAAGAAGUUCUCCGACCGCCACGUCCUCAUCCUGGCUUCUCGCCGCAUCCUGCCCCGCCCCAAGCGCUCUGCCCGCUCCCGCAACACCCAGAAGCAGAAGCGCCCUCGUUCCCGCACUCUGACUGCCGUCCACGACGCCAUCCUGGCUGAUCUCACCUACCCCGUUGAGAUCGUCGGCAAGCGUAUCCGCACCAAGGAGGACGGCAGCAAGACCCUCAAGGUCAUCCUCGACGAGAAGGAGCGUGGUGGUGUUGACUACAGACUCGACACCUACUCUGAGGUUUACCGACGAUUGACUGGCCGCAACGUCAACUUCGAGUUCCCCCAGACCGGCAACGCCGAGUUCUAG